AUGAAAUAGAAGGAAAAUAAUGAAUCAGAUGAACUUCUAAUAUUAGCAUAGAAAUCUAAAUUAUUAGUACCAUAAUUUAAGAAAAACCAAUAAUAAUGUGAUUUGUAUCAAAUUACAUUAAUAUUACUUUAAGUUGUUAAAAAUAAAUGACAAAAUACUCAUGUCUUAAAUGUAAUAAAAUGUAUUGUUCAUUGGAUUGUUAUAAAACUCAUAGUGAAACAUGUACAUAGUCAUUCUAAAAGGAACAUGAGAUAUAAAAAAUGAAAUAAAUGAAGGCUUCUUUUGAUGAACAAAUUGAGAUAAAAAAAGCUCUUAAUCAAUUCUAUGAAGAAGUAAAUUAAUAAUUCAAUAAAGUCUAAAGAUUAAAAUAUUAUUCCAAUAAAUGAGGAAGAGAUAAAUGAAAGAUGGGAAGAAUUAUAAGAAUUAUAUGACUAAGGGACAUUGAAUUUAGAUUAAUUGACACUGGUUGAAUAACAUGAAUUUGCCAAAUUUAUUUAAGAAAUAGUAAUACAAGAACCUUGGAUUCCAUGGUGGGAAGUUAAUGAUGUAAAGAUUAAUCAAUAUAAAAGGGAAUAUUUUCAUUGUAUAUUGAUGUAUUAGAUUAAAAUUAAAAUUAAAAUUAAAAGAUAAAUAAAGAUAUUUAUGAAAAUACUUAUCUUGAAUUUAGAUCAACUUUAAAGUAAAAAAUAUAAACUGUAGUAUCUUUCGAUAAAUUAUGUAAAUUCUAACAUGAAGAUUUAAGAAAUCAUCUAUUUAAUAUAAUGUAAUUCUUACUUUUAUCUUAAUUUAGUGCUUCUAUAUCAAUAAUAGCAAAGGUUCUAGAUGGAGAUAUCAUUGAAUUAAAUAGAGAAUUCUAUAAUAUGUUUAUUACACUCAGCUACUCAAUGGAUGAUAAUACUUCAUUAAUUGGAAAUUUAGAUCUAUCUUAUAAAAAAUUAAAGGAAUAUGCUCAUAAAGUAGAUAAAGGAUUAAUUUUGCCAUAUAUUAAUAAAGAAGACUUAAUUAAAAUAUUCUCUGACAAAUUUUUUGUUAUUGAAAUUUUAUUUUAUGCUUAUGAUGCAAUUCAUUCAAUUGAACAUUAAGCAUAAAAUGAAGAUAAUAGUGAUUCUGUAGAAAACAAAAAUUUAAUAAAAACACUAAAUCUUAAAAAAUAAAAACUACUUUUUUAUAUUUCUUAUUCUUUAUCCAAAAAUCAUGAAUUCUAUUGGUAAAUAAGAACUUAGAUCAAAGAAUUGAAUGAGUGA